CACGUAAUUUAUAGAUGGCGCAUGCUCCUUCGCCUUGCGUGUCGUUUUGGAGGAACCGUUCUUCUAACUAGAAGACUGCGAAUAUUGCGUCGGACCGACGAUUCGGAAUAUGUCAACUUUAAGGCAAAAUCCUGAUGUCAUCAAUUCAAGUGAUAAAGUUCAUUGUUUUGAUCCUUCUGUAACUAAUCCGUUAAAUGUAGCAGUUACUUGUGGUAUGUCAAAUACAAAAUCGUCGUCUGAUCUAAGUAAUCAGUCUUAUGGCGGUCAUCGCACACAGAUAUUUGAUAACCGUGAAUGCUAUUCUAGUUAUGAAAAACCUACAAAUAUUCCAUUCUCUGUUUCUUCAAAUCUUUCAGCUGCAUCUAACACUUAUGGAUCUACACAGUCAAAUAGUAAUGCUGUAGAUUUGCAGAAUUCAAGAUCGUCUCAGAUUAGCAAUACAUCACAUUUGUAUUUUCAAAAUGGACCAUCUCAAAAUAAUCCAAAAACUUUACUUCAAAAUACCAGCUUAUUACAUCAGAAUUUACCACCAACUGUUCCACUACAAAAUUCAGCUUAUGCAAAUGGUCCAAAUUCUUCAACUUUUCUUCCACAAGAUACUUCUAGGUGUUCUCCAAAUGUUUCCACGCAGUCUUCAUUUAACCAAGUAAAAUUUUAUCACACACCUGAAUUUCAACAGCAGCAGCAGCAGCAGCAACAAUCAGUGCUCACUUCACAACUAAAUCAAAAGGAACAUAUGUUAAAUGGAAAACAAACACCUCUGUUUCGUUUGCCUGGAAAUAAUGAAGCAGUGCCUCUUAAAACAGUGCCUUUUACAGGUCCAUCAGGAUCAACAAAUGAUCAAGGUAAUGCUCAGGCUAUAAGUAGUCCAUUUAAUGCAGGUCUAGCUUCAAGUAUUUCUCCAUCAGCCUUAAGAAUUCAAACACCUCCAAAUGUAAUGGAUACUCAGCAGAAGUGGUUAACAAGUCCAUUUAGUCAAUCAUACCAGUCUUCUGAAACUUUGGAUUCUAAUGCAAGUUCUUAUGGACCAAACUAUAUUCCUCAUAGUCAACAGCUUGGUUAUAAUCAACAAAGUGGAUUUGGUUCUCCUCCUCCAAGUUCGACAAGACCGCCUCAUUCAUAUUUGUCCAGACCAAAUUUGCCAGAAGGACCUGUUGGUGGAAUAACAGGAUAUGAUCCAAGUUUACAUGCCAAAAUGGCAGGAAUGAGUGUGCAUAGUAGUUUUUCUAGAAUCUGGGGUAAUGAAAGUGUUAAUUUGCUUCAAGAUAGAAAUAUUUUACCACCAGUUCCAAUAGAACCUCCUAAACCAGCAGUUCUCCAAGAUAAACAGAAUUGUAAUCCAGACAUUUUCCGAUGCACGUUGACAAAGAUUCCCGAAUCCCAUUCUCUCCUUCAAAAGUCAAGGCUUCCAUUAGGUAUUCUGAUACAUCCUUUUAAAGAUAUAAAACAGCUCCCAGUUGUACAGUGUGGUACUAUAGUUCGAUGCCGUUCAUGUAGAACGUAUAUAAAUCCAUUUGUAAUCUUUGUUGAUCAGAGAAGAUGGAAAUGCAAUUUGUGCUUUAGGAUAAAUGAAUUACCUGACGAAUUUCUUUAUGAUCCAACAAGUAAAUCUUACGGAGACCCAUCUAGGAGACCCGAAGUACGAAAUGCCACUAUAGAAUUUAUCGCUCCUUCUGAAUAUAUGUUAAGACCACCACAGCCUGCUGUAUAUUUAUUUCUUUUGGAUGUUUCUCAUAGUGCGAUAGAAACAGGUUAUUUGUCUGUGUUUUGUAAAAUACUUUUGGAGGAAUUAGAUAACCUUCCAGGUGAUGCCAGAACUCAAGUUGGUUUUAUUACUUUUGAUAGUAGUAUUCAUUUUUAUAAUCUGACAGAAGGAUUCAAUCAACCUCAUAUGCUUGUAGUCUCAGAUAUUGAUGAUGUGUUCCUUCCAUCACCUGAUAAUUUACUUGUUAAUCUUCAAGAAAACAAAAAUAUAAUUCAAGACUUGCUCAAUGAUUUUCCAAAAAGAUUCACAUAUAAUGGAGAUACAAAUAGUGCUUUAGGUGCAGCUCUUCAAGCAGGUUUUAAAUUAAUGUCCCCAACAGGUGGUAGAAUAACAGUGAUGCAAACUUGCCUUCCAAACUAUGGACCUGGAGCUUUGAAAUUAAGAGAGGAUCCAAAUUUAAGAGCUGGAAAGGACAUUGCAAAUCUUGGACCUGCAAAUGAUUUUUACAAGAAGCUUGCAUUAGAUUGUUCAGGACAACAAAUAGCAGUUGAUUUAUUUGUAUUAAGUUCUCAAUAUUCUGAUAUUGCUACACUAUCUUGUAUAUCAAAGUAUUCUGCAGGAUCUGUUUUGUAUUAUCCAAAUUUCCAUGUAACUCAGUCUCCAUUACAAGUGGAAAAAUUCAAGAAUGAUUUUUGCCGGUAUUUAACAAGAAAAAUAGGUUUUGAAGCUGUAAUGAGAAUAAGAUGUACCCGAGGUUUAUCCAUCCAUACUUUCCAUGGAAACUUCUUUGUUCGAUCAACAGAUUUGUUAUCUUUACCUAAUGUUAAUCCUGAUGCAGGAUUUGCCAUGCAAAUUGCAAUUGAAGAUAAUUUAACUGAUUCAAAUUGUGUAUGUUUUCAAGCUGCUGUACUAUAUACAUCAAGUAGAGGUGAAAGAAGAAUAAGAGUUCAUACUUUAAGUUUACCGAUUGUUUCUAUUUUGUCUGAUGUUCUUGGUGGUGCUGAUCAACAAGCAAUAAUUGGAUUACUUGCAAAAAUGGCUGUUGAUCGCAGUUUGUCAUCAUCAAUAUCUGAUGCAAAGGAGGCACUCAUCAAUGCUUGCAUUGAUUUACUAAAUAGUUUCAAAAUUACUCUUUCAUCUGGACAGACUGCUGGAACUCUUAUGACUCCUUUUUCUGCCAGACUUAUGCCAUUAUAUGUUUUGGGUCUACUGAAGCAUGUAGCGUUUAGAACAGGUAUAAGUACAAAAUUAGAUGAAAGAGUUUUUGCAAUGGAACAGAUGAAAACUUUACCCCUAAAUAAUCUGCUGACGUACAUUUAUCCAAAUUUAUAUCCAAUCCAUAAUUUAGAUGAUAAGAAUGCAUUAAACGAAGAUGGUGUUCUUAUACCGCAACCUCCACUCUUACAGUUAUCAUCUGAAAAAAUUGAUCGCCAUGGUGCCUAUCUCCUUGACACUCUUGAUCAUAUGUAUAUAUAUGUCGGAAGAGCUAUUAGUGAUCUCUUUUGUAUAAAUGUAUUAGGAGUUGCUAAUUUCAAUGCCAUUCCAUAUGACAUUGUUCAUCUGCCUGAAUUAAAAACUGCUGAGUCAGAGAGAAUGAGAAAUUUUGUUAAUUGGUUAUCGCUGCAGCGAUCCUUCUAUUCUCCUAUCAUUAUCAUCAGAGAAGACAGCAAGAGCAGACAAUGUUUCCUUCAGCACAUGAUUGAUGAUCGGACAGAAUCAGUAUUUUCAUAUUAUGAAUUUUUGCAGCAUCUUAAGCAACAAAUAUCGAAAUGAUAGACUGACAUUAUGGACAAAUGGACUUUACCAAGAACUAAGUGAAAAACAAAUCUACCCAAACAUAUAUAUAUAUAAAUAUAUAUAUCAAGAAAUUGUACAUUAUAUUGAAAAUGUACAGAGCUGAACAAUUGGUAAUUUUUAAACUCUAGGAAAUGAUUCAAUGAAAUAUAAUAGCUAAGUUAACCUCAAAUACGAAUUUUAUAUUUACAAUUCAAAUAUUUUGAAAAUUGAUGUUUUUGUGUCAUUUAUAUCGAAUAUAUCUCAACUUACAUUGUAGGCAGUAAGCUGACUAAAAUUUAGCGGCUAAUAACUAUACUAUUUUUACUUCAGUUAUAAGUUCGUUUAUUCAGUUGUGGCAAAGAAGAGGAAAAGUUGCAGACUUGAAAAGAAGAUUCUCCUUAUUUAAACUAAAUUUGAUUAGAUGGACUUUUUCAUAUUCUAAAUAAACCUUUACUCUCUCCUUACCAAAAAGCUGAACUCAGGCCGAAAAUGAGUACGAUGCACUUCUCGUGGGAAUGUUUGGAAAGGUAUUUUUCGUCCUCAAGUCUCUGAUUCUAUGAGAACAGGAGAUUUGUCAGAAUAAAAACAUGGAAAGAAA